UAAUCCUCCCAAGACCCAACCGAGAACUUGGCGAAGUACUAACCAAGAAGUUUCUCACUUUUCCCUCGAAUGUGUGGUACCAACAGCUAACGCUUCAUUAGUGCAACGAGCAUCAGCUUCUCAAAUCAACUUUCUUUGCCUACUUUUCCGAAUGCCAAGGCCUGAUAGAAAAGGAAACGGGGAGCCGAUCGAUCUCUAACUAUUUAUGAGUUUCGAACCUCUAUAGUCUAAGUCUAUAAUAAUCAGUAAUCACCAACACGACCAUCGAUCACAGUAUAUUACUUCUUCCAUGACUUUCCAAUUCCAAGGACCCUUUUCUUCUUUCUCUUCUUCUAAUUCUAUCAUCACCCAUAGAUGUACUUACGACGUAUUCUUAAGUUUCAGAGGCAAAGAUACUCGCUACAACUUCACUGGCGAUCUAGACAACGCUUUGCAUAAAAAGGGAAUCAAUACCACCUUCAUAGAUGUUGAUGAUGAUGAGCUUGAAACUAAAAGAGACGAACUUUCAGAGACCCUUGUCAAAGCCAUAGAAGGGUCAAGAACUUCAGUGGUUGUACUCUCUAGAAACUAUGCAUCAUCCACACGGUGCUUAGACCAGCUGGUGAAGAUCCUCGAGUGUAAGCAAACAAAGGGACAAGUAGUUCUACCAGUGUUUUGGAAAGUAGAUCCAUCAGAUGUAAGGCAUCAAAGAAAGAGUUUUGGGAAAGCAUUAGCUCAACUUGGAGACAACACUAAGAUGCAGAGUUGGAAGACAGCCUUAAAAAAUGUUGCCAAUUUGUCUGGCUGGCACAUAGCCAGAGGAAAAGGGAAUGAAUCUGAAUUCAUCCAAGAAAUCAUUCAAACGGUCUCUAUCAUAGUAAAUUGUACAUAUCUAAAUGUUGCCAAUCAUCCAGUUGGAAUAGAGUCUCGUGUACAAGACAUCAAUUUGCUUUUAAGUAUUAGGAGGAAUGACAUACGCAUGGUAGGAAUCCUAGGAGUUGGUGGAAUUGGUAAGACAACUAUUGCCAAAGCAAUUUAUAAUUUGAUUGCUCACCAGUUUGAAGGUAGUUGUUUUCUUUCAAAUGUUAGAGAAUCUUCCAAGAAAGAAGUUGGACUGGUUCAACUACAAGAGACACUUCUUUCUAAGAUCUUAAGAGAUGCUAGAAGUUCAAAGGUUGGCAAUGUUGACCGAGGAAUCAAUGUGAUUAAGCAUAGGCUUUGCUCUAAAAAGGUUCUUUUAAUUCUUGAUGAUGUGGAUCAUUUGUUUCAAUUAGAAGCAUUAGCUGGAAAAUGUGAUUGGUUUGGUUUAGGAAGUAGAAUCAUAAUAACAACAAGAGAUAAAUCUUUGCUAACUAAACAUGAAGUUAAUUUCAUAUACGAAGUGAAGGAGAUGGAUCACAAUGAAGCUCUUGAGCUAUUUAGUUGGAAUGCCUUCAAAAGAAACAAACCUAUUGAUGAAUAUGUUGAACUCACAGAAUGUGCAGUACAUUAUGCUAGAGGCCUUCCGCUAGCUUUAAUGGUUUUAGGUUCAGAUCUAUAUGGUAAAAGCAAAAUUCAAUGGAAAAGUGCAUUGGAUAAAUAUGAAAGAGUUCCUAACAAAAAUAUUCAAGAAAUACUCAAAAUAAGUUAUGAAGGAUUGGACGAAACUGAACAAGAUAUUUUCCUUGAUAUUGCAUGUUUCUUCAAGGGGCGCAACAUAUAUGAUGUUAUGAGUAUUUUAGAUUCUUGUAGUUUAUAUCCAGAUUCCGGUAUUGCAAGACUUUUUGAGAAGUGUCUCAUAACUGUUGAUCGAUGGAACAUAUUGUCAAUGCAUGACUUGUUACAGCAAAUGGGCAUGGAAAUUGUUCGUCAAGAAUCCCCACAAGUGCCGAGAAAACGUACUAGGCUAUGGUGUUAUGAGGAUGCUCUUGAAGUACUAUCUAAAAAUAGGGGAUCAAAUAAAAUUCGGGGCAUAGUGUUGCGCUCUUCUAAACCAAUAACUGUGCAAUUGGAAGCUAAAGCUUUCAAACGGAUGAAAAAUCUCAAGUUUCUUAUUGUGGAUGAUGUACGCAUUUGUGGACAACUAACAUAUCUCCCCAAUGGGUUAAGAUUGCUUGAUUGGCCUUCUUAUUCUUUUGCCUUACCAUCCACUUUUUGUCCUAAGAAACUUGUCCAACUCAACAUGCCACAUAGUCACAUUACAUUGGAGAUGCUAAUCAAGCAGGGGAUCCAGUUUGCAAAUUUGAAAGUUAUCAAUCUUAGUGAAUGUGAUUCUAUUAUAAAAUUACCUGAGUUGUGUGCUCCAAACUUAGAAAUAUUAAACCUUCAUCGUUGUAAAAAUUUAGUUGAGGUUGAUGAGUCCAUUGGAUAUCUUGAUAACCUUCAAAAUUGGGAGCUCACUGAUUGCGAAAAUCUCCACAUUCUUCCAAGCCGCCUUAUGUUGAAAUCUCUUUACAUUUUUCGUCUUGAGGGCUGCUCAAGGCUUGAGAAGUUCCCUGAUAUUCAACCAGAAAUGAAUUGUUUAUCAGUUUUAGAAUUGCAACAUAGUGGUAUUAGAGAUUUACCUUCAUCAAUAGGUUAUCUCACUAUGCUCAAAUGUUUAAACCUAUAUGAUUGCCAAAACCUUAUGGAACUUCCAGAUACCAUCUAUAAGUUGCGGCUACUUGAUGAAUUAUCUAUUUGUACUACCAAAUUGAUACCGACACACGAUCCUUUUGAUAGCUUUUCUGAAUAUGGGUUUAUGAGGUUAAAACAUCUAUAUCUCAAUGACGGUGGAAAUCCAAUUGAAUUAGAUUUUUUAUCAAAGCCCAAUUACUUCCCUGUAUUGAAGUUUCUAGAUCUAAAUGGAACCAAUAUAAGUGCCAUCCCCGAAAGAAUCAGCAAAUUUACUAGAUUAGAGGGACUUCGAAUAGACAAUUGCAAGCAGCUUCAGGAAAUUCCAAGUCUUCCACAAUCUAUAUCAAAAGUGUACGCAACAAAUUGCCUGUCGUUGAAUCCACAAUCAUUAAGCAGAUUAUUGACAAAGUUUGAAGAAUCUUACUACCAAGAAUAUGAGAUUCUGCAGUCACCAGGCCUAUCUUUUCCAAAAUAUGAACUUAUACUACCAGGAACAGAGAUUCCAAAGUUGUUCAACCAUCAAAGUUUUGGAAAUUCCAUCUCAUUUUGGGUUGGUCAAGAUUUUCCAGCAAUUCUUUUGUGUAUUGUUUUUGGGCUGGAGGAGCACAUAGGUAAUGGAUUCAUUCCCGCAUUUCAUCUGAGAUUGAUCAUCAAAUGUCGUGAAAAGACGGUAGAUAUUUUGGCAAAUGUAAUUGACGGAAAGAGCGAGUCUGAUCAUCUGUGGGUUUCUUUUGUACCUUAUGGCGAAUUCCAUGAGACAUUUGAUGACUUAAAUCUAUAUGAUCAGAAUGAGAUUGAAAUUGUAUUUAAAACCGCUUCUACAUAUGAUCCACCAAAAAUUACUCCAACCAUAAAAAGGUGUGGUGUCCAUACAAAAUGCAUCUGUCCUCAAAACUUUGGUGAACCAAACAUGCACCACCAAUGUCACUCCGCCAACCCUCUCCAGCCUUUACUACCUCUCUUCCCUAGUUCAACGAAGAUAACAAAUCAUGAGAUUGACUCUAGUUUGAGAGGCCUUUAUGGUGAUGACUCGGAUGUAAGAGAAUGCCAACCUCCUCUGGUCCCUGACCACACUAGGCACCUUUUGUUUCCAUCUACAGUGGGGCUUCAAUUGGAUAUGAUAAAUGGAUCUGACUUAGGCUUAGGCCAAUUGGUAUUUGAAUCAACCAUUAGUGAUGGGUGUGAUUUGGGUUCAUCUUCAAUGGCCCAUACCGUAAGCAAUGAAUCUGACCUGAAUUCACAUCCGCCAUUGAAGAAAAUGAGGACAUCAUGAUCAGUUCAAAGAAACAGGACUUCAUCUAAAAAUGACAUUGAAAUUUUUUUCUUCUCUGUCGAUUUCUUUCAGUUCUUUCACGCGCGUUUGAUGUAAGGGAAUUGGUGCCCUUUAUGUGAGUAAUUGCAAUAUAAUUUUGCAGGCCAUAGAGCGGAAACCUACAGAAUAAUUUCUUGCUAAAAUUGCCAUAUUUUGCUGGUGAAGUCAUAUUAUGCAUUGUCUCAAAAUUAUACAUUGCGAUUGGGCUCCCGAUUUAGUAAAAAUUCCCUGAAGACCACGUAUCAAAGUUGAGGUAAUAGAAACCAUAUUUGACGCUGUCUCAGUUAAAUCACUAAUGUCUUUGACUUUGAGAUGUCAAUUUUUUUUUAUUUUUUGAGAAUGCUUUGAGAUGUCAAUUGAUUCUGAUAAAGACACAAACUUGGAAGUUGGAAUUAGAAUCUAAAAUGUCCUUUUAGUAAUGGAAGUAAUAAUACAAUGGGAACUAAGUACCACUAGAGAAGAUUGCCGUUGAAAGGAUGAACACAAUUAAAAUUGUUAUGCCACUGUUGAGAACUAGAUUUCCAAUUUUGAUGAGUUUUCUUUGUUGUUUACUCUUAUUAGCUAGUUUUUUCAAAUGCAAAAGGUGGAAAGGCUGAACACCUUGUGGCUACAGUACACGAGCAACUCAAUGGUUGAUAGAUGAAUUGUCUGUUGGUUCAGUAGAGCCAUACUCAACUCAUGUUGCAGUAGGUCCUUAGCAUCAGAGAAGACAAGUGAUUUAGCAACUUGCAUAUUGUUGCUUGUCUCUAGGAUGUACCAUUCUUUACACAUCUGUGACAAAGAUAAAUCCUUUCGAUUUGAACAAAUUUUUAUUAUUGUUGUGACGCUAAGACACAUAGUCACUGAUCAUUUUAUGGGUAUGCGCUAAGACUUCACUGAUUUUUAAUAGAGUCGAUUGUUCUUAUAAAAAAAUUGUCGAUUGUAAUAUAAUUUUCAGUGCAUGAAUAUACACAAUGAAUUUUGUUUCA